AUGCUUGCAUGGUCCAUCGAGAUUAGCCAUUACUGCUUAGAAUGCCGACCUCGCACCACCAUAAAAUCUCAAGCUCUCGCUGACUUUAUAGCGGAGUGCUCUUUCAAUGAAAAACAAGCAGAGCUAGGUGAGAUGUCCUCGGAGACGUUAGAAGGCGAGAGCGAGAGGCAACCCCCACGAGAGUUUAGCUGGAAGUUGUAUGUGGAUGGGGCGUCAGGAGCUGGGGGCAGCGGUGUAGGGAUAGUGUUGAAGGGCCCUGAAGGGUUCAAAGUCUGCUAUGCUCUAUGCCUAGAGUUCAGUGCCACCAACAAUGUAGCAGAAUAUGAAGCCCUAAUAAAUGGGAUGAUGAUCGCGACGGAAGUAGGGGCAACCGACCUCAAGAUAAAUAGCGACUCCCAAUUAGUAAUCAGUGAAAUAACAGGGGCAUAUCAGGCAAGGGACCCAACCAUGCAGAGUUACUUGGCAAGGGUAAAGGCGAUAGAGGCCGAGUUAAGAGGCCAGGGGAUCAUGGUAAAAUACCAAAGAAUACCUCGGGAAGAAAAUGAAGAGGCAGAUUUACUCAGCCAACUGUCUGAAGAAGAAUUGAAACAACUCCCGGAUGAGGUAUACAUACAACAUAUCAGCACUCCUGCCUUUGACAAAGGAAACACCGUAAUGGAGAUAGAAGAAAGGUGGAACUGGAUGACCCCAUACCUCGACUAUUUGGAAAGAGGAAAGCUACCCGAAGACAAAGUUGAGGCGAGGAAAAUUGCAGCUCAGGCCGCCAACUACCAAGCAGUGAGGGAAACUUUAUACCAAAGAGGGAAGUCUAGUCCGUGGCUCCGGUGUGUAAGCCCGGAGGAAGCUGUGAGGGUGAUGGAGGAGAUACACCAAGAAGUAUGCGGAGCUCAUGAAGGAGCUAGGACACUGGCAAACAAAAUAUUCAGACAAGGAUACUACUGGCCCACUGUCAAAAGGGAGGCCGAGGAGUUCAUCCGAAAAUGUGAUGUAUGCCAGAGGUUUGCCAAUGCCAUCAAUGUUCCAGCCACUCUCCAGUCCAGUAUAUCCAGCCCAUGGCCGUUCUCGCAGUGGGGUAUAGACAUUCUGGGGCCUUUUCCCAAGACCACAGGACAAAAAAGGUUUGUAAUAGUGGCGGUGGAGUACUUUUCAAAAUGGCCAGAAGCAGAGGCAGUCCCCACAAUCACAGCAAGAAAAAUGAUAGAUUUUGUCUGGGGCAAUAUUAUAUGCAGGUUUGGCAUACCGAGAGUGCUCAUAUCAGAUAAUGGCAGGCAGUUUGACUGCAAUGCUUUUAAGGAGUUCACGAGAAACAUGGGCAUAUGGCAUAAAUUCUCCUCAGUGGCCCAUCCCCAAACCAACGGCCAAACAUAA